UGACAAUGUCUUUUUCUUUCUUCAAAGUUUCAAGGCCUAAAACCCCAUCAGAACUUGCCAAAGCUGUCAAAGACAGUUUUAAUGCCCUUGAUUCCAUUACCGUUGCUGAAGUCAAAGCCCUUGAAAAGGCUAUGGAAGAAGUUGAGAAAAAUAUUGUGGCAAUGAGAGUUAUGCUCGCCGGAGAUGGAGAAGUUGAGCCAAACCCAGAUCAAGUUGUACAACUAACACUUGAAGUUUGUAAUGAAGAUGUUAUUGCGCUCUUCAUUCACAAAUUACCUAUUUUGGGAUGGGAAGCUAGAAAAAAUUUGGUCCAUUGUUGGUCUAUUAUGUUGAAGCAAAAAGUUGACUCUGCAUCUUGUUGCGUGCAAUACAUGGAAAACCAUUUGGAAUUGCUGGACUUCCUAGUUGUUUGCUAUGACAACAAGGAAAUUGCGUUGCAUUGUGGAGGUAUGCUUAGGGAAUGCAUAAAAUUGCCACGCCUUGCAAAGUAAGAUAUUCACACUUUCCUAAUCCUGGUUGUUGUGAAGAGCUUCUUCGUCACUGUCACUAUGUAACAACUCCAGGACGUCUCUAAUUGAAAACAGGAAGUCCUUCAUGCAGAUUCUUGGUCCAUUUUAGUGUCUCCUGUUUAUUAAAUUUAUAACUUGGGUUUUCACGGCCGUAACUUGUAACAUUGAAUUGUAAAUGUUAAAUUGUUAUAAAUGACCCUUGCUGCUUUACCAUUUGUUAGGAAGAUUUGUCAAGUUCAAAUUUAGAAUAAUGCUUCAAUCUGUUUUGCCUCUUCCACAUGCAAACACUGCAGCCGUCUUUCCAGUUUCUUUUAUAUAUCAGCCGACUUGUGAUGAGUCUCUGCUUUCUGACAAAUGGAACAUCAAGUACAUCUAUAAGAAUAACACACAAUGUCACUGUUAACUGCUCUAUGAAUUGGUUAGGUACUGUUGCAAGUCAAAAUAUAAGCUUUGAUGUACUCUCUGUACUCUAAUAGCGAAUUAACCUCUUGUCUUAGCAUUUCUUUUGUAGUCACUCCAACAUUUCUUUUUCUCUAGUACCCUUGAAACUAAGUUUUCGUG